AUGAACGUACUGAUGUGUGCUAUUAGCUAUAUACCACCCAAUCGCAAGCUCUUCAAUUCGAGACAUAAGCUGACGCGACGAGAGUUGCAAAGUUCGUCGGCUGCCGAGGUCGAUUGGUCCACGACAUUGGAUGUGUCACUCGACGAGGACUCGUCGUUGAUCCUCUAUGCUGUACCUGUGGUCGGCAGCGUCUCGAGAUGCGGAAGGAGCGAAGAUCGUACCCGAAGCUCGACGAUGUCGAGCGACAGCGGCGAGGAUCUGUUUGAACCAGACCUCAGAAGCAGGCUCCAGAGUAGUCUGAGUCUGGAGUCGCUGAUACAGGAGAACAAGAAACGGAUCUCAGCUCACCAUGAGAGCCUGGAUCUGAUCAACUCGACCGGGCAUAACGCAGCUUCGAUCAAGACAUCAGCUAAACAGGAGAUCGCGAAGCUGAGGGAUAGAAAUACGCAUCUGUUUGGCAGAGCAGAGCUUCUGCAAGAGCAAUGGGACAAAGUACGACGUUGCCACGAUCCCACUGUGCUCCUGAUCGAAAUCGGGAAAAACGGUCUUUACUGGUUUGGCAUACCGUCUGACUUGAGACCCGCGGUUUAUCGAUGUUGUCUAUAUCAGCUUGGCGGCUCACCGCCCCUCGGCAAAGUGUUCGACGCGAUGGCUAGAUGCUGCGCAGAUGAGAUUUUGGCAGCACAGAUCUACCAGAACAUACGACGAAUCUUUCCAUUCAUUACGGACCCAGAUAGUCCAUUGAGGCAGGCGAAUGCCGUCGAAGCAAGGCUUUCAUCGAAAUACCCAGGCCUUCAUUAUCACCUGACGCAGACACUCAAACUGAACUUGAUUGAUGCUUUUGUGCGUCCCUUCCUGAUAAAUGCGCUAAUCUACGCGUUCAGUUCACACGCUAGCAUUGGCAUGGAACUGCUAGACGUCGUCGUGCUCGCGGUUUAUUACCGUGACCUUGGCCGAUUCAUGCUGGACGAGUUUCUCUUCAGCGUGCUGGAGCAAACGCACUUCAAAUUCUUCAGCGACAGGAAGCAGGAGGUGGAGCAACAACUGACCAAUAUCAGAUUCGAACUGGCAGAUGUCUUGGAAGAGUCAAGGCGGCUUCACGGCCGCUUCAUCAUUGGUCAAGUCUCCACGUGA